GCUAGAUGUUGUGUUCUAUCCCUCAAGCUAAGGUUUCUCUUCUCUUUCUCUGCAUAUUGGUCCGCAAACCCUGCAAUGGUUAUUAAUUCAUCAUCUGCAUGGCCUUCGCCUUCGGGAUUGAUGAGAAAAGGUGCAUGGACCGAAGAAGAAGAUAAUCUUUUGAGGAAGUGCAUUCAGAAGUAUGGGGAAGGGAAAUGGCAUCUAGUUCCCCUUAGAGCUGGGUUAAACAGGUGCAGAAAAAGUUGUAGAUUGAGAUGGUUGAACUAUCUUCGUCCUGAUAUCAAACGAGGCGACUUCAGUGUGGAUGAAGUUGAUCUCAUUAUGCGCCUCCAUCGACUCUUAGGCAACAGGUGGUCGCUUAUUGCCGGCAGAAUCCCGGGAAGAACAGCGAACGAUGUGAAGAAUUACUGGAACACCCAUAUUCAGAAGAAGGUAUUUGCCAUGGCUGCUGCUUCAUCUAAGAUGCAAGACAAUUGGAAAGGCAAAGCCCCCGAAAUCAGGGAAAACACCGUCGUUAGGCCUCAACCUCGGAGAUUCCUAAACACCUCAUCAUUAUCUCGGACGUCAAUGGCCGGAAAAGCCACCGCCGUUACCUAUGAUGCUCAAAUCCAAGCACACGCGUUACCGCACCCGGAACCAACAACAUCGGACUUGGUAAUGGAAAAUGUUCAAAAAAACGACACAAUCGCGACUUUUCCGUCAGAGUUAGAAACAACAACGUUUGACGACAGAGUCCGGUGGUGGGAGGAUUUGCUCUUCGACAAGGAACUCAAUGAUGAAGGAACCGCGUGCAUGCACGAAGGUCAAGUCGGUUGGUCUCACUUGCCAACUGAUAUUGACCUUUUGGAACUUCUAAGCUAAGCAAUCAUGGAAUCUUUAGAUUCAGAACGUCAAGUAGGGUCAAUUUCAUUUUUAGUCGCACUCCAUAUAUAUAGUAUAAUUUUCAGAUUUAAUCUUAUUAUUUUAAUCAACUGUAUUGUGUUCUUAACUUAAAUUUUAUUAAACAAAAUUAAGUUAAGGAGGCAAUAUGGUCAAAAUUAAAAUGGUAUGAUUAAAUUUGAAAGGGUCACUAAAAUUAAAGACUAAAAAUUGAAAUUAACUCGAAAUCAUAAUUAUUGUCUUGUAAGGGUAUGUUAUAUAUUAUAAUGGAAUGUAUGCACUAUUUUUUGUUACGUUGAGUGUUAUCCCUUUGUGCCA